ACGCGCCGCACCGGCAAGGGCAGAACAGAGGGAGACGAGGGAGGGCCUGACCGGAGGCCCGGCAGGGUGCCGGAGCUGGCAGGAGCCAGACCCAGAGCUCCUGUAGCUGCCCGUUCCCUGGGCUGGGUCAUGCGCUGUCCCAAGUGCCUUCUCUGCCUGUCAGCACUGCUCACGCUCCUGGGCCUCAAAGUGUACAUCGAGUGGACAUCCGAGUCUCGGCUUAGUAAGGCCUAUCCAGGAUCCCGGGGCACCCUGCCAGGCCCCACGCCAGUCAACCCUGAGCCCACCCUGCCUGCCAACCUCUCAGUGCGCCUGGGCCAGACUGGCCCACUGCCCUCAGCUUACUGGAACCAGCAGCAGUGGAGGCUAGUGGCCCUGCCCAGUGGGGACAGCGUUGAGGAAGGGGGCUGCCAGGCCUGGGGGGCUGCUGCCGCGGCAGAAAUCCCUGACUUUCCCUCCUACCCUGAGGACCUCCGCCGCUUCUUGCUGUCAGCAGCCUGUCGGAGCUUCCCGCAGUGGCUGCCUGGAGGAGGAGGCAGCCAAGUGUCCAGCUGCUCGGAUACUGAUGUCCCCUACCUACUGUUGGCUGUCAAGUCAGAACCUGGGCGCUUUGCAGAACGACAGGCUGUGAGGGAGACGUGGGGCAGUCCAGCCCCUGGGAUCCGGCUGCUCUUCCUGCUGGGGUCUCCGACAGGUGAUGGGGGGCCUGACCUAGGCUCACUGGUGGCCUGGGAGAGCCAUCGCUACAGUGACCUACUGCUCUGGGACUUCCUUGAUGUCCCCUUCAACCAGACGCUCAAAGACCUGCUGCUGCUGGCCUGGCUGGGCCGCCACUGCCCCAACGUGAAUUUUGUUCUGCAAGCUCAGGACAAUGCCUUUGUGCACACCUCUGCCCUGCUGGAUCACCUGCAGGCCCUGCCACCCACCUGGGCUCGAAGCCUCUACCUGGGUGAGGUCUUCACCCAGGCCAAACCCCUCCGGAAGCCUGGAGGACCCUUUUAUGUGCCUGGGUCCUUCUUCGAAGGUGGCUACCCGGCCUAUGCAAGUGGAGGUGGCUACGUCAUCGCGGGGCGCCUGGCACCCUGGCUACUGCGGGCGGCAGCCCGUGUGGCACCCUUCCCCUUUGAUGAUGUCUACACUGGCCUUUGCUUCCGUGCUCUGGGCCUGGUGCCCCGGGCCCACCCAGGCUUCCUCACAGCCUGGCCAGCAGACCGCACCACCGAUCCCUGCACUCUCCGCAACCUGCUGUUGGUACGGCCCCUCAGCCCUCAGGACAGCAUUCGGCUCUGGAAACAACUACAAGAUCCACAGCUCCAAUGCUGAGCCUCAGUGGGGAGGGCAGGGGUAGGGAAGGCUGCUCUGGCCUGGGACCGAUGCCUGCCCCUUGCUUGGUCCCUCCUUCCAGGCCUUGGUGUGAGGGAGGAGGUCCAAGAAGCUGGACUUCUUGAGCCUCUCCUGGGACAUUCCCAGCCAGUGCACUGGGCAGGCAGGAUAAGUGGUGAAUCGUUU